UGCCAAUGACUUUUAGUUGAUAUCAAAGCACCGAUCAUUCCUUUCAUCGAAAGGGUGCCGAACUAGUAGAUAUCUAUAAUUAAUUAACAUUCCGGCUGGUCAGUAUCUUCUUCUUAUUAUGUUCGUACGAUAAGAGAAUAGGCCUAUGGGUGGAAACCUUGCAAUGCGGGUAUGCCAUUAAUGUUUAGAUGAUAGGUUUCUUCUGCCUAGAGACAAUGAGCCUUAAACAGGUGGAAUCAUUAAUUGUCAAUGGCAUUUCCGACAAUCCUCCGCGUCUCAGCGCCUUUUGAUCGCAAUUCAAGGAAUAAAUGGGACUUUUAAAAGUUCGAGUCACUAGAAUAAAUGUUGUAAAUCUCCCUCCCCCCCCCCUUCCACGCUAAGAACCCCUGCUCUAUCUGAUGCUCAAUCUCACCGGAUAGGUCAAAUGUGUAACGUAACCCUUUGACCAUGAUGUGUCCGAGCUGUUCAAGUGACCUCCCUCUGUUCCUUUGUCUACUGGUGUUGCUCCGGGCUGCGGUAUUCAGGAUGAUAAUUCUGCCUGAGGUUUACGUGCACAAGUCGAUAUCACUUUACAUUACACCAGAACUUUUCAGAAUGUCCCUGCUGAUACGUUUAAACACCUUAUUGACUUACCUCUGCCUUUUCUUGUACGUGUACCACAUUCCCUUUCUGUCUAGCCAAAUGACGAACAACCACGGCUUCCGCAGAUUUCAAUCUCCAAAACUGGGAAUAAUCCAGGCAGGAACUUAUGCCAGGUCAUCCCUACUUGCUUGCUGUAGUUCGUGUCUCUCGCGACACUGGAGUGCUUACUUCAUUUUCAACAAAAAGGCGGGCACGUGUACGUGCGCUGCAUCGCUCAAUAACGAGGGGACCCCACCAACGGGACUAGACAAUUUCUACGCCCACACGAAGAAUAGCCAGUGUGACGUUAGUUCUGGGUUUAACGUUUUCCUGUACAAAAAUGUAGCAGUUUGUCUGCUUGUAGUGACGGAUAAAAAAUUGUACAGUGAUGCCGAGCUAUCCUGUAUGAAUUUCAUCAACGGACGACUGUUUGCUACAGAUUCGAAGGACAAGCUACAACUCCUCAAGAGAGUUUCCAGUAUCCCAGACAACCAUGCACCUCGUGGUUUCUGGGUAGGGCUGGAUGAUCGGCUUGUGGAAAAUCAGUUUGUGUGGGCUCAUGGUCGAAACGCAACGCAAACGGAAAUAGGUACCCUGUUCGAGGAGGGAGAGCCAAACAAUAAGCUAAAUGAAGAUUGCGUUCUCUUCAAUACAGACCAUUUCUCACUACUCGACAUUCCGUGCUUUUUAAGUAGAAGUUAUGUCUGUGAAACACCCUUACAUGUUUAGACUACGUUAAUUUGUUCAUGCUUCUAAUCCACUGUGACAACAAGGAGGAAACUGGAUUUUAAACCGGCGAAUGAGUGUACGAUGAUAAUGACCAUAUAUUGCUCCACCUUCGAUACAAACAUGGUCAUAUUGAGGGGUUGUGUUUGUGUGUGGGGGGGGGGGGGGAGUUUGAUCCUGCCUGUCGAACAAACCCGAGUUGAGCGGGAUACAGCAUCCAAGCAGAGAAGUGGAGAAUUAUAAAACAGACUUCCUCUUGAGGGAAUCUCGCCGAUGAGUUUUUCCUUUGUACUGUAGUUCUGCCAACCCUUCUAUAUGGCUCUGUGAAUGCUGGACAAUCACUAAAGACAGGGAAAAAGAAACAGA